CUACAGAGAACCAUGAACAUUACCGCUGAUCUGAUUCACUUCAUAACAUCACCACUGUCUCAGGUGCACAGAAACCCCAAAUGGAAUGAGACGUUUCUUCAAAAUGCGACGUGUGAUGUCACGUGUUGUACUGACGGAUCUUCACUCCAGUGCUCGGCGUGUCUCCCCCCAGCACACAGUCAGGAGUAAACCUCCACAUUUUGCUCCACGACGUGGGUCGGUGUCGUGGUUCAUUUUCUCAGCGCGUGCAUCAGUGACGAUUCAUGUGCGCGCAUGCCGCCAUCUUGCACACGCGCAGUGCACAGCGCUCCCGCGCAUCUCCGGGGCACGAGCUCCGUCCGCUCGGUCCGCGCGCUUCCCCCGCGAGCGCUCCGUCACGCCGGUCAAGUGCGCGAGCGCGCGCUCCCGCGGAGCGUUGACGUCGGCGGAGGCCGCUGGAUGUGGCGCAGCGCGCGCGCGUCUCGCGUCACCCCCCCAUGAAGAGCAGGAUUCAGAGAAACGUGUAGCAGUGAUGCGAGAAACAUCAUGACGCUCCUACAUCCGUGACCUGGUUUUCUCCAUGCCGCCAUUGCCUCUCCUCUCGCCCUGGUGAUGAUGUGUGGAUGAGGGAGGUUCCUCUUUCCAGUCUCCGGCCUGGUCUCCUGGUCUCCAUUCCACUUCCUGGAAGACGGUGAAGAUGCCAUGAUCGCCUGCACGCGCUAGAUGAUACGGGAGCUCUGGAGCUGAAGAUGUUCAUGUGUGCUUCUCUGGAUCUCACAGUGAACUGCUUGGUUUAGGAGACUAUGAGGAGCGUAUGAGGAAUAAAUGCAGAAGGCGCUCAUGUGUGCACUAAAGCCGAUGAUCUCCUGCAGCUCUGCGUGAUCUGCUUCGGCAAACCCUGCGCGCGUGCCGUGCUGCUCAUCGCCCGUGCGGCGUGGAGGCCGUGUCUACUGCAGGACUGGACAUGAACAUAGUUCCGUGAAGAUGGAGGCAGGUUCUGCUCUGCUCUGGCUGCUAGCUGUGUUCCUGCAGGACAUCCACUGCCAGGGAGUGUACGCUCCUCCAAGUGUUCGUAUCAUUCACUCUGGUCACGCGUGUAAUGUGGAGGAAGAGCGCUACACUGAGAGAGUGUAUACGAUCCGAGAGGGAGAGAUGCUCGAGCUGACCUGCCUGGUCUCAGGACAUCCACGACCUCAGAUACGAUGGACGAAGACAGCAGGCAGUGCUUCUGAUCGCUUUCAUGAGUCCAGUGUGUUCAAUGAAACUCUGCGCAUUACUCACAUCCAGAGGCAACAUGGUGGCCGUUACUACUGUAAGGCAGAGAACGGCUUCGGAGCUCCAGCCAUUAAGUCCAUUCGAGUGGACGUCUAUUAUCUCGAUGAUCCAGUAGUGACAGUACACCAAAGUGUGGGAGAAGCGAAGGAACAAUUCUACUAUGAAAGAACGGUUUUUCUCCGAUGUGCAGCGAACUCCAACCCCCCGGUGCGCUACAGCUGGAGACGUGGACAUGACUUUUUGUCUCAAGGUUCUGACAAGGGUGUGGAGAUCUAUGAACCUUUCUUCACACAGGGUGAAACGAAGAUACUGAAGCUGAAAAACCUUCGCCCUCAGGACUACGCCAACUACACGUGCACUGCUUCAGUACGCAGCGUCUGCGGCAUCCCUGAUAAGAGUGCACUUUUCCAGCUCACCAACACUACAGCGUCUCCAAGUAUUAAGCUGCUAGCAGAGGAUUCCAUAGUGGCCAACCCUGGACAGACCCUGACACUCCUGUGUGUAAGCACAGGAGGAGAACCUACACCGGUCCUCACAUGGAUACGACAUGGCGAGAAUCUUCCUCUAAAUAGUCUUCUGAAAGGUGGAACUCUUACUAUACCUUCAAUCAGCACAGAGGACUCGGGCGUCUACAGCUGCAUUGCCAGCAACAAUGUGGGGAACCCAGGCAAGAAAUCCACAAACAUCAUCGUGAGAGGUCUGAAGAAAGGUCGUUUUUGGAUCACACCUGACCCAUAUCACAAUGAUGACAACAUCCAAAUUGGACGUGAGGUGAAGAUCUCAUGCCAGGUGGAGGCCAUGCCAGCUGAGGAGCUUAUCUUUAGCUGGCUGAAGAACGGUCGAGGUCUUCGCAGCUCUGAGCGCAUGGUCAUCACCCACACUGAAGCUGAUGGUGCACCAGGAACCACUAACCUGGACAUCAUUGACCUCAAAUUCACAGAUUUUGGCACCUACACAUGUGUGGCAUCACUCAAAAAUGGAGGCAUACCUGAGAUUAGCAUUGAUGUUAACAUCUCAUCCACCACAGUUCCCCCGAGCCUGACGGUCCCGAGAGGGAAGUCCCCUUUAGUGGUGAAAGAGUCUGAGACGGUGGAGCUGCAGUGUCUGGUGUCAGGCAAACCCAAACCCAUUAUCCUGUGGUCCCACGCUGACAGAGAAGCUCCCAUGCCAGAUGGAAGCAUGCAGAUGGAGAGUUACGAUGGCAUUCUGCGCAUUGUUAACGUCUCACGUGAAAUGAGCGGCACAUAUCGAUGCCAGACGAGUCAAUACAACGGCUUUAACGUCAAGCCCAGAGAAGCUCUCAUUGAGCUCAUUGUUCAGUACCCCCCUGCAGUGGAGCCGACGUACACAGAGUUACGCCAGGGUCUGGGGCGGGCGUUCACAAUCACCUGCAGAGUUCUGCGUGCACAUCCUUCACGUGUGCUGAAAUACGAGUGGAAGCUGGGCUCACGCCUCCUCACCAUGGGCCAGCUGGAUACACGUGAUGAUACAGAGUACCAGGUCAGGGCACUGAACCGUGAGGGCUAUGGUGCCUACACCUGCGACAUCACCAACGAAGCCGGUUCUGGACGCUGUACUUUUCUUGUCACUGGGAAGGCCUUCGCUCCAGAAUUCUACUAUGACACGUACAGUGCACUGUGGCAGAACAAACCCAGAGUAUACGGUUUUAAACUCCAGUGGACGCAGAUGAACCCCAACACAGUGGACCGCAUCAUGGCCUACAGGCUUGGUAUUAAACAGACAGGACAACAGAGAUGGUGGGAGCAGGAGAUCCCGAUGGAAGGCACCAUUCAGAAAGGUGAGCUCAUUACCUACAACUUGACUGAGCUUGUGAAACCUGAGGCCUACCAGGUCCGCUUAACCCCCAUCACUCGCUUUGGAGAAGGAGAUUCCACUGAGAGGAUCAUCUACUACAGUGCUCCUGUAAACCCUCACUGGAGUAAAUUUCACUGUGGUUUUGAUGAAGAAGCUGUGUGCAUGUUCACCCAAGACAAGACUGAGGAAUUUGACUGGACCAGACACAGUGCUGCUACCAGAGACACCAAAUACACUCCCAAUACCGGACCAAGCAGUGACCACAGCGGCUCAAAGCAGGGUUAUUACAUGUACAUUGAAACAUCACGCCCUCGUCAGGAAGGAGAUAAAGCACGAUUGUUGACACCACUGUUCAGUGUUGCGCCAAAAAAACCCUAUGGGAGUGUGUCCAAUAAUCCCACCUACUGCUUCAGCCUGUACUACCAUAUGUAUGGGAAACAUAUAGGUUCACUGAAUGUGUAUUUAAGACAGAAGAGUCAGACUGGUGAAGACAGUCCUGUAUGGACCUUGACUGGGAACCAAGGAGAUCACUGGAAACAAGCUCGAGUAAACAUUCACCCUACUUCAUCCUUCCAGAUGAUUUUGGAAGGUGUCCGUGGUUCUGGUAUUGAAGGAGACAUUGCGAUAGACGAUGUUGUUAUUGAGGAGGGAGAAUGUCGAGACCCGCCUCCUAACAGUAAUCUGAGGUCUUUGGCUCCUUCUGCAGUACAGCAUAUAUGGAAGUGGUGUGUUCCUCUGUUCCUGGUCCUGGUUGGUCAGUGGAGGUGACCAGGUUUCAGAUCAGUUAUGAUUGUCGUAUUUCUGGGAUUUUGACAGCAGUCGUGUCUGACAUGUACCAAAGAUCAGUCCGAUCUGUACAAGAAAUCACAACUCUAAAUUCUGUAAUUCUGAAGCUGUCGAUCACUUAACAGCAACGAGGAGCCCAGCGAGGAGCCCAACGAGGAGCCCAACACAGGAUCAGGAUUCAGAAGUCUAUUGAAGUUGCUGUAGAUGUGAAAGGAAAACUCUGCGUCUGGAUUCUUUGCCACACUUACAGUAACUGCAUGGGAGAAUUUUCUCAAAGCACAAAGACACAAUAUUUAUUGUCCUGAAGAUUUGAUCUUCAAGUGUCUCUCAUUAUGCGAAUAUAUUACACACUUGGAGGUGUAGAAGUUAUUAUUAUUUGUAAAUAACCAUUUCCUUAUUAUUUAAAGUUUAAUUAGUAGAACGUUUUAUUUUAAGAAGAAGAUUGCGCCGAGUUUAACUGUUUUAAUUUUUUUUAUUAAUCCCUGAAUGUGUAUUUGUUUGGAUGUGGGUCCAGACGCAGUCUCUAAAUUCCUCCUCUUGCUCUCGUUUCAUUCUAUUAGUUUAUUUUCGGUACACAUGGUCUUGGUGUCUUCACUCAUAUCAGGUGUUUGUCCACUGUAUAAUAAGUGUUUCUCUGAGGUUUUAUUUGAGCAUGGCUCCAUAAACACAGGCUGCCCUCUGCCCACUGAAAGAGUAACUGGUGCCAGUCAGAAGCUUGUGCCAGUCUACAACAGCAGCUGUUUUCUUGAGGUACAGGAUGGAAGCUGUCUUUCUGAAAGAGCUUUCACAACGUUCCUCUACUGCUGCUGCCUGCAAUGGAAAUUAAGUGCCUUCAGAACUUUGUGUAACAUCAUUCUGUUUUAGUCCAUGCUGAGAAAACCAUCUUCACUGUACUUUAUAAAAACAAGACCAGGUGCAAACCUGCAAGAAGUGAACAUGACGCGUCGCUGAUCUCAGCACCACACCACGCCCCGCCCCCUAGCCCAGUCCCGCCUCCCCGUCGUCCCACCCUCCCGCACCGUCCUGCCGCCCCGCCCUUCUGCCCAGUUGUCCCACCCUUCUGCCCCGCCCCAUCCCGCCCCAUCCCGCCACCCCCGCCCGCCCGCCCGUCCGUCUUCUCAUCUCACAGUCGGUUUUUCCUUGAAGGCCAUUGCUUUAAAGCUUACAACCUGUCAUGCUCCAAACCUUACUGAGGUGGAAAGAUUGAGAACUUUAUUAGAAUUAUGGGAGGAAAAAGUGAGUUCCUAUUAUAAUGGACAUCAGGUAUAAAAUCCAGAGCUCUGGGAAAAGAGAAAUCCACCCAGGAGGGUCACUGUGAAAUCCUUCUUCACAUCAGUGAGAGAUUUGUGCUGAUGAAGGAGUUUUAUGGACUAAAUGGUAGAAAGACUGAUGUUUUAUCUUCAGACUCAAUGUGCUGAGAUGAACUCAGAUUCUUACAAAUAAUAUUUUACUAUCCUGCUGAUUUUACACAAACUGUUUCAGUCUCUGAACUACCUGAGGGCAUCUGUUACCGUAACCAGCAGGUUUUUCCAUAUUUAUUGUUCAUAAGGUUUGUUUCUGUAAAGAUUUGAUUUUCUUUCUUCCCUCAUGAUACUGUUCGUUUUAAAAAAUAUCCCUCUCUAUUCUUGUAUUAUUCAAAAAAUAAUAAUGAAACUAUAAUAUCGUAUCAUAAACAGGAUGUAACACUGAGAUUUCUACUGAAGUGUGUUGGACAGAACUUCCUGCCCCGAGGAUUUCACUUUACACUCAAAUGAAAAAGCACAAUGUGUUCUGUCCCUCACAGAACCUCCACAAACCAGAGGCUUUUUCUUACAUUUAAUUAUCUCCACAUUUGAUAAGAAGAUUCCUGAAUAGUAGAUCAUUUUAAACUUCUGAUCAAUAAAAAGAUUUCCUGCUAA